CAGAUCCCUGCUUAAAUGUCCAGGAUUUACUACUUCACCGUGCUCUUCGGCCACGAGGGCCAGAAGCCCCUGGAGCUGCGCUGCGACGAGGAGCAGGAUGGGAAGGAGUGGAUGGAGGCCAUCCACCAGGCCAGCUAUGCAGACAUUUUGAUUGAGAGGGAAGUGCUAAUGCAGAAGUACAUGCACCUCGUUCAGAUCGUGGAGACAGAGAAAAUCGCCGCUAACCAACUCCGACACCAACUCGAAGACCAGGACACAGAGAUCGAGAGGCUGAAAUCAGAGAUCAUCGCGCUCAAUAAAACCAAGGAACGGAUGCGCCCUUACCAGAGCAACCAGGAAGAGGAGGACCCAGACAUCAAGAAGAUUAAAAAGGUCCAGAGCUUCAUGCGAGGCUGGCUGUGCAGGAGGAAGUGGAAGACCAUCGUGCAGGACUACAUCUGCUCUCCACACGCCGAGAGCAUGCGUAAGAGGAACCAGAUUGUGUUCGCCAUGGUGGAGGCGGAGGCGGAGUAUGUGCACCAGCUCCAUGUGCUGGUCAAUGGCUUUCUGCGGCCCCUGCGCAUGGCCGCCAGCUCCAAGAAGCCGCCCAUCAGCCAUGACGACGUCAGUAGCAUUUUCCUCAACAGUGAAACAAUCAUGUUCCUUCAUGAAAUAUUUCAUCAAGGACUCAAGGCCAGGAUGGUAAACUGGCCCACUUUAAUUUUAGCCGAUCUGUUUGAUAUCUUGCUGCCCAUGCUGAACAUUUACCAGGAAUUUGUGCGGAAUCACCAGUACAGCCUCCAAGUCCUUGCCAACUGCAAGCAAAAUAGAGAUUUUGACAAACUCUUAAAGCAGUAUGAAGCCAACCCUGCCUGCGAGGGUCGGAUGCUGGAGACAUUCCUGACCUACCCCAUGUUUCAGAUCCCCAGGUACAUCAUCACGCUGCAUGAGCUCCUGGCCCACACACCCCACGGGCACGUGGAGAGGAAGAGCCUGCAGUUUGCUAAAUCGAAACUGGAGGAGCUGUCCAGGGUGAUGCAUGACGAAGUGAGCGACACCGAGAACAUUCGGAAGAACCUGGCCAUCGAGCGGAUGAUCGUGGAGGGCUGCGACAUCCUGCUGGACACCAGCCAGACCUUCAUCCGCCAAGGUUCUCUUAUUCAAGUACCUUCCGUCGAGAGAGGGAAACUUAGUAAAGUCCGCCUGGGUUCACUGUCUUUGAAAAAGGAAGGAGAGAGACAGUGCUUCCUGUUUACAAAACACUUUUUAAUCUGUACGAGAAGCUCAGGAGGAAAGCUGCAUCUGCUGAAGACAGGUGGGGUUCUCUCGCUCGUGGAGUGCACACUGAUCGAGGAGCCCGAUGCCAGUGAUGAUGAUGCCAGGGGCUCCGCGCAGAUGUUCGGGCACCUGGACUUCAAGAUCGCCGUGGAGCCUGCCCACGCCGCCCCCUUCACCGUGGUCCUGCUGGCCCCCUCUCGCCAGGAGAAGGCGGCCUGGAUGAGCGACAUCAGCCAGUGUGUGGACAAUAUCCGAUGUAAUGGCUUAAUGACGAUCGUCUUUGAAGAGAAUUCCAAAGUUACAGUGCCACAUAUGAUAAAGUCGGAUGCCCGGCUGCACCAGGACGACGCCGACAUCUGCUUUAGCAAGACCCUCAACUCGUGCAAGGUGCCGCAGAUCCGCUACGCCAGCGUGGAGCGCCUGCUCGAGCGCCUGACCGACCUGCGCUUCCUGAGCAUAGACUUCCUCAACACCUUCCUGCACACCUACCGCGUCUUCACCUCGGCCUCCGUGGUGCUGGCCAAGCUGGCCGACAUCUACCGGCGCCCCUUCACCUCCAUCCCAGUCAGGUCCCUGGAGCUGUUCUUCGCCACCAGCCAGAACAGCAGAGGCGAGCACCUGGCGGAUGGGAAGUCCCCGCACCUGUGCCGCAAGUUCUCCUCGCCGCCACCCCGGGCUGUGUCCAGGACGUCCUCGCCUGUGAGGACCAGGAAGCUGUCCCUCACAUCCCCUGUGAACUCCAAGACGGGCGCCCUGGACCUGACUGUGUCCUCCUUGUCCAGCAGUCUGCCCACCACGCACAGCCCCACAGAGUCCCCACCGCCACACCCCGCAGCCGAGCGAGCAGGCGUGGAGAGCACCCCUGUGGAUACCACUGAGCUGUCUCCCUGCCGGUCCCCCUCUACGCCCCGGCACCUCCGCUACCGCCAGCCUGGAGGACAGACGGCAGACAGCACCCACUGCUCCGUGUCGCCGGCUUCUGCUUUUGCGAUUGCCACAGCCGCAGCGGGACACGGGAGUCCCCCGGGAUUCAAUAGCAUGGAGCGAACGUGUGACAAAGAGUUCAUCAUACGCAGGACAGCCACCAACCGGGUCCUGAACGUCCUCCGCCACUGGGUCUCAAAGCACGCACAGGGCAUUCGAAUCGCUCAAGAGUUCAGGUCACUGCUUCCUGGAAAUCAGAUCAAGGAUUUUGAACUCAACAACGAACUGAAGAUGAAUGUGCUAAAUCUGCUAGAAGAAGUUUUGCGAGACCCAGACCUGCUUCCCCAGGAGAGGAAAGCCACAGCAAACAUCCUGAGGGCACUGUCCCAAGAGGAUCAGGAUGACAUCCACCUGAAGUUAGAGGACAUAAUCCAGAUGACUGACUGUCUGAAGGCCGAGUGCUUCGAGUCCUUGUCAGCCAUGGAGCUGGCUGAGCAGAUCACACUGCUGGACCAUGUCGUCUUCAGAAGCAUCCCCUACGAAGAGUUUCUUGGGCAGGGGUGGAUGAAGCUGGACAAGAGUGAGAGGACGCCCUGCAUUACGAAGACCAGCCAGCACUUCAAUGAUAUGAGUAACCUGGUGGCCUCCCAGAUCAUGAACCAUGCGGACGUCGGCUCCCGUGCCAGCGCCAUUGAGAAGUGGGUGGCGGUGGCAGACAUUUGCCGAUGCCUGCACAAUUACAACGGUGUGCUGGAGAUCACCUCGGCCUUGAACAGAAGUGCCAUCUACAGGCUGAAGAAAACCUGGGCCAAAGUGUCCAAGCAGACAAAGGCUCUGAUGGACAAACUUCAGAAGACUGUUUCAUCUGAAGGAAGAUUUAAAAAUCUCAGAGAAACCCUUAAAAAUUGUAACCCCCCGGCAGUUCCUUAUCUCGGGAUGUACUUGACAGACCUGGCGUUUAUUGAAGAGGGAACACCAAACUUCACCGAAGAAGGCCUUGUCAACUUCUCCAAAAUGAGAAUGAUAUCACACAUCAUCCGGGAGAUACGCCAGUUCCAGCAGACCUCCUACCGCAUCGACCAUCAGCCAAAGCCUCGCCUGAGAAGAAGCAUGGCCAGCACCUUCUCCAAGCUGCUCACGGGCCGCAACGCCUCCCUGCUGCUUGCCACUGUGGGCACCAGCGCCCUGACCACCGGUUACCUGCUGAACCGGCCGAAGGUGCGUGCGGAGGCCAGUGGCCAGCACAAGCUGUUUCCCCCAAGCGCCGACUACCCUGACCUCCGCAAGCACAACAACUGCAUGGCCGAGUGCCUCACCCCAGCCAUCUACGCCAAGCUCCGCAACAAGAUGACUCCCAGCGGCUACACCCUGGACCAGUGCAUCCAGACUGGCGUGGACAACCCGGGCCACCCCUUCAUCAAGACGGUGGGCAUGGUGGCCGGGGACGAGGAGUCCUACGAGGUAUUUGCUGACCUUUUUGACCCUGUCAUCAAACUGCGGCACAAUGGCUAUGACCCACGCGUGAUGAAGCACCCCACAGAUCUGGACGCCUCCAAGAUCACCCAGGGGCAAUUCGAUGAGCGCUACGUGCUGUCGUCACGGGUGCGCACCGGGCGCAGCAUCCGCGGGCUCAGCCUGCCGCCUGCCUGCUCUCGGGCGGAGCGCAGGGAGGUGGAGAAUGUGGCCAUCGCGGCUCUCGAGGGCCUGAAGGGCGACCUGGCCGGCCGCUACUACAAGCUGUCGGAGAUGACGGAGCAGGACCAGCAGCGACUCAUCGACGACCACUUCCUGUUUGAUAAGCCCGUGUCCCCUUUACUGACCUGCGCUGGGAUGGCCCGCGACUGGCCAGAUGCCCGGGGAAUCUGGCAUAACUACGACAAGACCUUCCUCAUCUGGAUCAACGAGGAGGACCACACCAGGGUCAUCUCCAUGGAAAAGGGCGGCAACAUGAAGCGCGUGUUCGAGCGCUUCUGUCGCGGACUGAAGGAAGUGGAGCAGUUAAUCCAGGAGCGGGGCUGGGAGUUCAUGUGGAAUGAGCGUCUGGGGUACAUCCUGACCUGCCCUUCCAACCUGGGGACCGGGCUGCGGGCUGGCGUCCAUGUGCGGAUCCCGAAGCUCAGCAAGGACCCACGCUUUUCUAAGAUCCUGGAGAACCUGAGGCUUCAGAAGCGUGGCACGGGUGGCGUGGAUACCGCGGCAGUGGCAGAUGUGUAUGACAUUUCCAACAUCGAUCGCAUCGGCAGAUCAGAGGUGGAGCUGGUGCAGAUCGUCAUUGACGGGGUCAACUACCUGGUGGACUGCGAGAAGAAGCUGGAGAGAGGGCAAGACAUUAAGGUGCCGCCGCCCCUGCCGCAGUUCAGCCGGAAGUGAGCCCCCGUCCCCUUGUAACCGUCUGCCUGCUGGUACAACAGACGCCACGAAGUCUCUACUCUGAGAGUUUCUGAAGACUUGGAAAAAUGUAAAACUGCAUCUCCUGCCUAUCUUUACAAUAAAACUCUCCUUAAUA